AUGCCCCCUAGGAAAAGCAAUGCGUCCGUCACCGCGCCCGAGGAUGCAGCAAAACCCGCCCCGAAAGACGACGGGCUGAGUGUAGAGGACCUCAAUCUCCCCAAAUCAAUGGUCCAGCGUCUAGCAAAAGGGGUGCUCCCUCCGAACACCCAAAUCCAGAAAGAUGCCCUGCUCGCAAUGUCAAAGAGCGCAACCGUCUUUGUCAAUUACCUUACAUCCCAAGCCGCGGAAGUGGCCGCCAAGAACAACAAAAAGGUGGUCCAACCUGCCGACGUCUUCGACGCAAUGGAAGAGUUGGAACUCGAGUUUAUGCUUCCCAGACUAAAAGCUGAGGUCACGAAAUUUACGGCGAUACAAGCGGAUAAACGGAAUACGUAUAGGAAGAAGGUACGGGAGGAGAAGCGAGCGCAGAAGGGUGAAGGGGAUGGGACUGGUUCGAAGGCUGGUACGAAUGGGAACGCGGCGGAGGACGACUCACCGCCUGCGAAAAGGGUGAGGAUGUCGAGCGGGGGGCAGACGGAGCAGGCAGAGGAGGAGGAUGAGGAGGUGGAUGUGGAUGAAGGGGCGGAUGAUGUGCAGGAUGAGGAGGAGGACGACGAGGACGAGGACGAGGAAGACGCGGAGGAGGAGCAGGUGGAAGAAGGACUGACGGAGGACUUACUCGAAGAGCGGGAGAAAAAUAUUUCGGACGAUGAGAUGGCGGAUGGCGAUGAAAGUGAUUGACACCGCCUUUUGAGUCUCUGUUUGAUGCGAUUGGGCGACUUUGCAUGGAAAGGCGUUGGAUGGAGCGACUUUAAGGUUAUAUCAUAUCCCGGAAGAUCCGACAUGGAAUGUAGCUUGAGGGAAAGGGCGGGAAUUGAAUGUUCAUGGUCAUGCUUUCUUGAUUCAUAGUCAUUACAAUCGGAUGCCUCAACCAGUUUCG